GGACACUCAAUUUCCCCUCCCCCCUCAAAAAAAAAAAAGAGAACAAACCCAAAAGCCUCAAUGAGUUCACGAAUGCAUGAGUGCGAACCAACAUUGUCAAUUUGUGGUCUAAGAACAAACCUCAAGCAAGGCCAAUUGCCACAUUAACUUGGAUUGGAAAAAACACGAGGCUAAAUCCAAAAUGGUCAAAAGCCUAGUUUUGGAGUUAUACGGGAGCACUUUUUAUUGAACCCCAAAGGAAAACCGUGAAGGCCAGCCACACCAACUAGUCCUCCAUUGAGUCCUUUUAACGGAUCAGCUCGUGAAACACGUAAAAUUUCCCUCUAUAAAUACACUUCAAUUUUUCACAUUUUUUUCCCAUUCCAUUCUUCUUUUCUUCUUCUUCCAAAAGAGCAACUCUACAAUCACCAGCUUUAUAGACAACAAAACAUGGCUGAUUCACGUGAAGAAAAUGUGUACAUGGCCAAGCUGGCUGAGCAGGCUGAGAGGUAUGAGGAAAUGGUUGAGUUUAUGGAGAAGGUUGUGAAGACGGCAGAUGUUGAAGAGCUGACUGUGGAGGAAAGGAAUCUUCUUUCUGUGGCUUACAAAAAUGUGAUUGGUGCAAGAAGGGCUUCAUGGAGGAUAAUCUCUUCAAUUGAGCAGAAGGAGGAAAGCCGUGGAAAUGAAGACCACGUUAGCAGCAUUAAAGAAUAUAGAGCCAAAAUUGAGGCUGAACUCAGCAAGAUAUGUGGUGGGAUUUUGAGCCUUCUUGAGUCCCAUUUAGUACCAUCAGCCUCAACAGCCGAGUCCAAAGUGUUUUACUUGAAGAUGAAAGGUGAUUACCAUAGGUACUUGGCUGAGUUUAAGACAGGGGCCAAGAGGAAAGAAGCUGCAGAGAACACUUUAUUAGCCUACAAGUCUGCUCAGGAUAUUGCAUUGGCUGAACUGGCUCCUACUCACCCAAUCAGGCUGGGACUUGCCCUUAACUUUUCAGUGUUCUAUUAUGAAAUUCUUAACUCACCUGAUCGUGCUUGUAACCUUGCAAAGCAGGCCUUUGAUGAUGCCAUCGCGGAGUUGGAUACAUUGGGUGAGGAAUCUUACAAGGACAGUACAUUGAUUAUGCAGCUUCUCCGAGACAAUCUCACACUUUGGACUUCUGAUGCCACGGAUGAUGUCGGGGAUGAGAUCACGGAAGCUUCAAAACAAGAGUCGGGUGAUGGACAGCAGUGACAGCUUAGUAACCUAGUCUUGUACUCCUGAUAUUGUGAUUUUGGAUGACUCUUUGUAUCACUGCUGAAGUUGUUAGUAUGAUAAAGACAUGUUUGGUAUAAUUCGUUGUGAUGCCUAUUUGCAUCGUCCUUUAGUAAUUAGAGUUGAAAUAUGCUAUUUCUUGUGUACUGAUGUGUUGGCUUGUGUUUCUAGUUUCAAUUGCAUUUGUUGACGAGCUUUGUAUCUUCAAGUAAUUCAAUAGCUUCCA